GAAGUGGCACUGGCACUUAUCCGCAUAGACCCAAACGUGUAAACCGGCAUGCUAUCUUCUGGAUGAGCUUAUCUACGUCGACACCUCAAGACAGCUACGUGUUACAACCGUUAUCUCGUUCUUUUACUGAGACCCCACCAGUGGAUAUCAUGCCCUCGGAACCUCACUCCUCAACUACCCUUCUCGACCCAGUUACCGACGACGAAGGCCUGGAAGGCCCUUUCGCUCCUUUGAAAGACGAGAAACGUCUGCUUUUAAAGUUAGGAUUGUCUUUCUUUCUAUUUGGGCUCUUGAACAACGUUUUAUAUGUCGUGGUUCUGUCAGCCGCGCUCGAUCUUGUCCCUCCAUCGACACCCAAGGGUGUCGUAGCAUUCUGUAACAUUGCUCCGGCACUUGUUGCAAAAGUAGGCUGGCCGUACGUAUUGAAGGGCAAGAUAAGGUAUGCGCGCCGUAUCAUUGGCUGUUGUUUUCUCAGUGUGGCUGGGAUGUUUGUUGUUUCUUCUUAUGAGCACUUGAAUGCAAGGCUUUUGGGAAUUGGUUUAGCCUCUUUCUCGUCAGGGCUGGGAGAAAUGACUUUCCUACAACUAUCUACAACAUACAUUCCUCCAUCAAUUGGAGGUCACAGCGUUGGUUAUUUUGCUUCCGGAACUGGUGCAGCUGGGCUGGUGGGCGCUUUUUUUUGGUGGGAAGUCAGGGGUCUUGGUGUCCAUACUGGCAUAAUAAUCUCAUCAGUCCUACCUUUCCUAAUACCGGCGACAUAUUUUUAUCUUUUACCUGGCCCUGAGAAAUUUCAUCAUCAUACGGCCUCUUAUGCGGGCCGCUCGUCACUGUACACACACAUACUUUCGUCUGAAAGCGGUGAAGAUGAAGAAGGAUCGAAUUUUCUUCUGGAUGUCCCCAAGCUUGGAAACAGCCUGACCUUCAGUGAUAAAUGGCGCCUUGUGAGACCACUGCUUUUUAAGUAUAUGUUUCCACUAUUUUGUGUGUAUUUGUUCGAAUACACAAUCAAUCAGGGAGUAUCGCCUACUCUUCUGUAUCCUGUCCCUCCUGCAGAGCGGUACAGUUUUCUGAGUAAAAUCAUACACUCAGUUCGUGAUUACUAUCCUCUAUGGCAGCUGGUAUAUCAGACGACGGUGUUUAUUUCUCGUUCAACUAUAUCACUAGGCUUGCCACCUUUGCCGGAACGCUUACUCUCCGUACCUGCAAUAGCACAGUUCUUUAUCUUGAAUUUGCUUGCAUUCGAGUCCGCUGUUGGGAUAUUUUCUGAAGCAUCGGAGGGUCUCAGCAUCGCCUUCGUAUUCCUUUUAAUCAGUAUAGAAGGAAUCUGCGGCGGGUUGGCGUAUGUAAACGUUUUUUACCGUAUAAACCAAGAGCCCGACACUUCGCUUGUGCAUGAUCCCGAGCGUACCAAACAAGAGCGAGAGUUCAAGAUCGGUUCAAUUGGAUUUUCGGACAGUACAGGUAUAUUGUUUGCCUCGCUCUUGGCCGUUCCUGUAGAAAUGGAGCUUUGUAAGGCGCAAGUUCGGAGAGGCAAAGUGUUGUGCAAGGGCUUAUAAUUAAAGCUCAAGAUUGGUAGAUACUUGGUAUUAAUUCUUAUGGAUACUCGUGUUUUCUGUAUAUAUACGGUAUGGUUUAGCUAACAGGAACUGACUAGAACAUUGAUUUCUACCAUGUACACAUUAGAUAGUCCGAGUCACGUGAACACGAGUGGCUGUGCCAAAUGGACAACUCUGAACG